UUCUUGCAUUUGGAGGCUGGUCUGGAGUCUCCGACUGGAAAUUUCAAGCUCGGGUUUGCAUCUAAGACUGUCAUGUUGUUUCCUGGUCAAGGUUUUCUGUGAUGAGCAGAAAUUAGUCGAGUAGAGGUUUUCUCGAUAUGUAGAUAUGGUGGGGAGCCCUCCUCUGCUGGGUUUUUGAUAAAGGUUCAGGAGCGCUACCAAAGGCAAACCUACCGCAUCUCUUUCAUGAUCUUUGGGAAGGAGUGUGCUUCAUUAAUUUUUUUUCCUGCUACAGUUUGGUGGUGGCGAAGUUUAGGUAUUCCAGAACGCAGCGUGCAGUGCUCCAGGCAGACAUGGAAGAUUUCUCAACGUCCUCAGAUUCUGAAGAAUCUGUUGUCACUGACCGAGAGCUUCAGAAAGCGUUUACUAAAGGUUUAUUAAAGCCAGGUCUAAAUGUUGUACUUGAGGGACGACCAAAGGCUUUCAACAAUGUGGAUGGAUUGAAACAGUGUCUAUCCGAAUUCCAGAGACAUUUAGCCUGGGUAGAAAGGCUUGAUGUGGCUUCUUGUCUGGAAAAAAAUGUUGCUUCUAGUCACAUGCCUGAUAAAGUUGCUGUCGACCCUGAGGAUGACUUCAAGAGAGAGAUGAGUUUUUAUCAUCAGGCUCAAGCGUCUGUGCUGGAAGCCUUACCUCAGCUACAUCGGCUCAAAGUCCCUACUAGGCGGCCUGAUGAUUAUUUUGCAGAAAUGGCAAAAUCUGACCAGCAGAUGCAGAAGAUUCGUCAAAAGCUGAAGAGCAAACAAGAAGCCAUGGAGAAGUCUGAAAGGGCUAAAAAGCUCCGUGCUCUGAGGAAAUAUGGCAAAAAGGUGCAAACGGAGGUGCUGCAGAAGAGGCAGAAGGAGAAGACCUCAAUGUUGCAUGCAGUCAAGAAAUACCAGAAAGGUCUCUCAGACAAGCUGGAAUUCCUGGAGGGAGAACAGCCACCACUUUCUCAGGGCAAAAAGAAAGAGGGGCCUGGAGGCCAAGUGAUAAAGAAAGGACCAAAUGCCAAACGACGCUACAAGAAUCAGAAAUUUGGUUUUGGUGGUAAAAAGAAAGGGUCCAAGUGGAACACUCGAGAAAGUCACAAUGACGUGUCCAGCUUUCGUGCUGGUGUAGCCCACUAUAAGGGCUCAGGGAAAGCAGGAAAAAAGGGUGCUAACAAGAGGCCUGGCAAAAAGAUGAGGCAGAAAAUGAAGAACCGUUCCCGAUAGAGAAUGAAAUGGACUUUUUUUUUCUUUGUAAAGUUUGGCAUUCUUCAGGAACUAGCUAUGGAAAUGGGAGGCGCUACUGUCUGAUGCUGAGUGUCCCAUGUUUGUUCAUGAACAACCACCAGUCGCUCCCUGCUGCCUCUCUUCCACACUGUUUUUUUCUUCUG